AUGCCUGUAAAAACUAAUUUGUCUAAAUUUUCUAUGCAUCCAACAAAACAUUAAAAUAUUAUAAUAACUGGUUAAAAUUAUUUUCGAAUGUGGGAAGCUUUUUUUUAAGAAAAAUAAUUCAAAGAAUCAUAUAAUCCAUUAGUUCCUUUAAAAAUUGAAAAAGAAAAUCGUUUUUUAGACCAUGUAUGGGUAACUACUACAGCCGCUCCAAUGCUUUUAGUAUUGGCAGCAGGAAAUCUAAUUCUAAUUUUAUAAAAUGAUGUUUUAAAAAGAACUGUAGAAAUAGAAGUCGGAAAUUUAAAUAUAGUUGAAGCACAUGUAAACCAAAUUAAUUUAGGAGAAUAAGAUAUAGAUGAUAUUUACGGAAUAAAUAAUGUUAUGGAUGAUAUGAUAAAAAAUAGUGGAAACAAAGAAGAAAAUGUAGAUAGAAAUGCUCCUAAAUAAAUAAUGAAUAAAUAAGAAUUAGAAUUUAUGUGUAUUAAUUCAACUAAAAGAGGUUUUGUAUUAGGUGGAAACAGAGGUUGCAUAUGUAUAUAUGAUAUAGAGAAAAAUUAAUAAAUAAUUAAUACUAUGAGUUUUGAAAUGAAAAUGGCUAAUAAUGAAGAUCAUAAAAUAUUCUAUUUAUCAAGUUCUAGUAACGAUAGUAUUAUUACAAUAGCUUCAUAUGAACCUGUGGGGAGUAUUGCAUAUCAUUAAUUAAAUACUUUUCAAUUAGAUGCUGAGAUUUCACCUAUAUAGCCAUUUUUUAGUACUGGAUUUCAUUUUAAAAAAAUAAACUGUAUAACUACUUCUAUUACAAAGAAUAUUUUCGCAACAUGUUCUGAGGAUAAUACAGUAAAAAUCUGGAAUUACUUCUAGAGUGAAAACUAGGAGAAAAAAGGAAUCAUUAGUCAGUAUUUUAAAGAAGAGCCUUUGUCUAUUUCCUUGCAUCCUUUUGGCAUGUUUAUCUCCAUAUGUUUCAAUAACGGUUUCAAGAUUUUCGCGAUUUUAAACGAUUAAUUAUAUCCUUUGAAAGAAGUCAAUUUAACCAAUUGUAAGAUUGUUAAAUAUGCACAUGGAGGACAUUAUUUAGUCACAAAUGAAAAAAAUGCGAUUAUUUUAUACGAUACUAUAUAUUAUGAAGCCACUUAAAUUCUAGAAGGACAUCCAUCUUUAAUAAGGGAUAUUUGUAUAGCCAGUAAUGAUAUAUAUAUAGUCUCUACGUGCAUGAAUGGGUAUGUUUUCUGCUGGAAUAUUCUAGAAACAAACUAGAAUAUGUCGAAGACCUACGAACACUAGGAAAAUUCAAUUUAUAAUUGCAUAUAUUAUGACUUAAAUGUGUUAAAAAAAGAGGAUAAUAAUAGCGAGGAUGCAAACUUAUUCAUAGGGUGUUCAAACGAAAAAUAUAUAUGCAUAUAUAGGGAUAAAAAUAAGGAAAAAAUAAAAAAAUUAGUCGCGGAAUUUCCAGUAACAGACUGUUAUAUUACUUCUAUUGCAGUUUCAAAUAAACAUAAAUGCAUUUUUAUGGGAACUAAUAAAGGGAAGAUUAGGGUUUCAGUCUGGCCAAUUGAUGACGAGGCUUUAGAGUAUGAAUAAGCAAAUUAAAACUCGGUUUAAGUUAGUUUAAAAUAACCUGACUUUUUUGAAAUUUCAGUGCAUUCUAGUUCCAUUACUAGUAUAGUACUUUCAUAUGAUAAUUAGUAUUUAUUUACAGGAGAUGAAGAUGGAUAAUUGUUUGUAUUGGCAGUUUAGGAAAUUUAAAAAAAUAUGGAAAAAAUAGAAAAUAAUAAUAUUAAAUAAGGAGAAAAAAUAGAUAAAAAUAUUAAUAAUAAUAACAAAUUGGAAGAAAAAAAAGGAAAUAAUAUAUAAUAAUAAUAAGGAAAUUAAAAAAAUGAAGAUAAAUAAUUUAUAGAAUAGACAGCAAAUGAUCUUUUUUUAGCAAAAAUAUCGAAGAUUAUUGAAAAAAAUGAAUAGAAGAAAAAAUUAUAGUUUGAAGUAGUGAAAUUAGAAUAAACCAAAAAAAUUGAAACUUAAAAAUUAGAUAAUUAAUAUAAAUAAAAUAUGGAUACUAUUAAUAGAGAUUUUAAAAUUAGUAUAGAAAAUGAUUUGAAAAUGAAAGAUACUUUUGUUUCCAAGUCUAAUGAAGAAUAUAAUAGGUUAUAUGAAGAAUAUAUUAAUGAAUAAGAAAAUAAUAAAGAAAAAAUAUAAAGUCUUAAAGAAUUACAUAAAUAGAAAAUUGAGUAUGAAAAUAAAAGAAAUCAAGAUUUAGCAAAUGAAAUCGAGAGAGUUAAAUAAUAGCAUGAAGAAGAUUUAAAAAAUAUACUAAAAUAACAUCAAGAUGAUUUAAAGCGACUUAAACUUAUCUUUUACGAAAAAUGCCAAAAAGUUUAGGUAAAAUACUCUAAUGUAGUUGAUAAUACAAAAAUAUUUGGUAAUUAAUUUAUUGAAAGACUGGAUAAUUAAGAUAUUGAAUAUGAGAAAGAAAUCGAUGAAAAAAUAAAGGAAUUAAAAGAAGAAAUAUAAUAAAUAAGAAAAGUAAAUGAAGAUUUAGAAAAGAAAAACUAAGAAUAUAUUAAAUAAUAUGAUACAUUAAAAAAGGAAGACGAAUAAAAAUAAAAAGAAAUAGACGAAUAAUUAAAAAAACACAAUGAAAUUAGAAUGGAAAAUCUCAAAAAUGAUUAAGAUAUAUUAAAAAUGUAACAUUAAUUAUUAGAAAGACUAUAAGUAAUUGAUUCGAAAGAAGAAACUUGCAAAGCAGCAAAAGACGAAUAAAUAAAUUUGGAAAACUUUAGGUAUAUGUUGAAUUAAAAAAAAAGAAGUUUAUAGAUGGAAAAAGGAACUCUUUUAGAUAAAAUUUCAAUAAAAGAGUUGAAUUUGAAAAAUAUGUUUAAUGAACUUAUUAAAGAAUCUAAUGAAAAUGAAUAGAAAUAUCAAAAACUUAAAAAACUUAAUGGAGAAAUUAAAGUACUCGAAAAUUCAGUUAAAAAAUCAGAAGUUGAGAUAUUUUUUAAUACUAAUAAACUUACUUAAUUUUAAAAUUAAUUAUAAAGUAUAAUGAAAAAUUAAGAAAGUGUAACUGUUGUAGGAAGAAAACUAUAUGAAAUGUUAGAAAAAGCAAAAGAUAAUCAAGAAUUAAAAAAAUACUAAAAAUAAAAAGUUAUAACAAAUGAUGAUAUAAAAGAAAUAGUAAAGAUGAAAUAAGAAAAACCAAAUGAAGUAAAUGACGAAUUAUUAAGGUAAGGAAAAUGGAUGACUAAAAAACUUCAUUUAAUUAAAAUUACAUCAGAAAAACUAAAAAAAAUACGUGGUGAAAAUAUUAAUACAAUAUUAAAUUAAAACACAAAAUUGAUAGAAGAGUGUAAUAUGCUGCGAGGAGAAAAUGAAAAAUAUAAAAAAGAAAUGAAAAAAAUAGAAAAAUUACUCGCUGAAGCUAUUAGAAAAAGAUAAAAAUUAAGAAAUUAAUAAUAAUAAUAAUAAUAGUCUCCUACUUAAAUAAAAUAACUAGUUUAAAAAUUAGGAGAAAAUUAGGAAAAAUUAGACCAAUAACAUAAUAAAUUAGUUAAUUUAAAAUAAAAUAUAGAUUCAAUAUAAAAAAAUACAGAUGAAAAUAAACUACCAUAAAUUUAAAUAGCGCAAAACAAUACGAACAUUAUAGUUGUACCAAAUGAAGCCAUAUAAUAAAAGAUAUAAAAAUAAUAGUAAAAUAAUAUAAAAGAAAAAUAAAAUAAUAUUAAUAAUAAUAGUAAUAAUAUUAAUAUUAAAAAUAAUAAUAAUAAUAAUAAUAAUAAUAAUAAUAAUAAUAAUAAUAAUAAUUUAAAUGUUAUUUAUCCAGAAAUAGUAGUAGAAAAUCCAUAAGAACAUGAUAGACCAACGUCUUCAGAAAUAAAAAGAAAGAAAAAAAUUAUAUGA